AUGGGCACAAAACCCGUUCUUGUAGUCCAUGGUGGAGCUUGGGCAAUACCAGAUGAGUUUGCUGAAAGAAGCAUCCUGGGAGUUAAAAACGCAGUUAAGAGUGGCUUUGCAGUGCUGGAAAUGGGAGGAAGUUCAAUGAAGGCUGUAGAAAUUGCUGUGCGGGCCUUAGAAGAUGAUACUGUGUUUGAUGCAGGUCAUGGUGCUGUACUGAAUGCUGAUGGUUAUGUGGAACUUGAUGCAAUCAUCAUGAAUGGUAAAACUCUGGCUGCUGGCGCAGUCUCCUGCAUCAGGAACAUUUCUAAUCUGGUGAUAUUUGCUUGUUCAGUCUUGGAAAAGACACCGUAUGUGAUGCUCACUGGAAUGGGUGCUAACCAGUUUGCUGAGAAGCUAGGCAUACCUCAAGUGCCUGUAGAAGAGUUAGUAACAGACCAUGCCAAAGCUGAAUGGGAGCAAUACCGCAAAUACAAGCAGACUGUCAAAUCACUUUUUAACACAGAAUUGGUUCAUGACACAGUGGGUGCAGUUGCUAUAGACUGUGAAGGUAACAUGGCUUGUGCAACUUCAACUGGAGGCAUCACAAAUAAAAUGGUUGGACGUGUUGGUGACACCCCAGUCAUAGGUUCAGGUGGCUAUGCUGACAACCUUGUUGGUGCUGUCUCUGCAACUGGUCAUGGAGAGUCCAUCAUGAAAGUCACUCUUGCAAGGCUUAUCCUCUUUCAUAUGGAACAAGGAGAUCCAGGUUCAAAUUCCUGCCCUGGAGCAGGAACUCGUGCCUGGAUGUCUUGCAUCCCAGGUAAAACUCCAGAGGAAGCUGCAGAUUCUGCUCUUCACUAUAUGGAGAAGAGAGUCCAUGGACGGGGAGGAGUUAUAGUUGUAAGCAAAACUGGAGAAUGGACAGCACGAUUCACCACCAAGCAGAUGGCGUGGGCAGGCAUAAAGGAAGGUGUGUUAAUGUAUGGCCUAAAUCCAGGAGAAACAAUUCAAGAAAUAAUUAAACCCUCCAAAUAA